UUUUGUUUCUUCUAUGCCACUCAUGUCUUACUGACAGACUACGACUUGAACGGCGACUACGACCACUACGACAGUGAUGACGGCGCCGAAUACGACAUCGACGAUGACUAGCGUGAUGUCGACGGCCGACUCAGAGACACCCACAGACGAACUCGCACCAGCAAAUCUCUUGCUCCCCAUUCCCGCACCUUCCCUGAAUAACUCACAGUCUUCGUUCUCAUUCUCCCGUCCAUCAGAUACAGAAUGGAACUCACUCCCACCGGAAGUAGCUUCUGCAGACAUCUCAAUAGCUCCUGAUGGCAGCUUCGUCGAGACUUCAUCCGGUUCCGCUGCCAGAGAACUAAAGAGGCGCUACGAUCAGUUUCUCGGUGUAGGCAAAGAUGUCCGUUCUCCGUACGCCAUCACCGCCUUUGUCAAUCAACACGGAAAGCAGAUGUAUCGCGUCAGUCGUCGCGAUGCAGGCGCUCCCGCUGCUGCUGCUGAGGAAGCAGAGCAAAUGACCCACAAGGUGUCCAUGUCCGUUGAUGCCUCUCGUACCCGUGCCUCCAAGACCCGUUCGCGCAUGAGUUUCCUCACACAGAAUAAAGCAAAGUCCACCGCCCAGGAAUCUCACCACAUUUCCACCACCCAGACGCGUAAGUUGGUACGAAGAACCCGCUCAAUCCCAGACAUGUUCGGCAUGGCUGCCAGCUCAUCUGUUGCAGGCCCUUCGGUACAACCCACUCCCACCGGUAGGACUCAUUCACACAGUGUCACUGGUGCAGAUAUGCCACGUCCGCAACCAGCUACUCUUUUCUCUGAUCCGCCCAAACAGCCUACCACAGACAUCUUUGCAGAUGUCAUGCAGUGGUCAAACGGCUCCAUACCCCCCUCGCCAUUUUCGAGCACUGUAUCUGAAGGCAACGCAUUACCAGGUUUCAUUCCAAAUCCGUUUGGACUCAGCGCCACUUUUGAAUCGCCCACUAGACCGUCUUCUAAUGGGUUUUUGCCUAUGCCCCGUGCCCUAAGGGAGAUGCAGUCGUUCGAGUCCGGUCUCACCGCGCGCGCAGGAGAUACUACACAACGAGCCGAUACUCCGGACUCCAUCCUCCCUCUCAGCGUCUCGCCCGACUUCGUUCAAGAUUAUUCCCCCUCUCCACCCCCAUGUAUCGUCCCACCCGACCCAGAACUCACCCCACUUGCAGAAACGAGCAUGCAUUCGCGGUAUUCGACAGAGGUGUUCGACGUUCUCCAGACUUACCGCGGUCUUCCACAACUGGAUAGACUGUUUUCAGAUUCUGCAGGGGAGACGACUAUCAAGAUGUCCCUCCGUGCAGAGGAUAGUGCUGCACCGCGUAAUGACCCCCGCUUCGUCCUGUGGGGGGAAAUACACGUGUCGUCUGAUCAGGAUGGUGAUGAUGUCUCCGCGUCACAGAGUAGCCGCGGUGGCUUGUCUUCCCCUUCUAACUCCCGCCGUGGUCGUGGACCUACAGAUGUGCCUACUGUUCGUAUCGAUGGGGAAGGCACGACAAGCAAGGUGCUCAUUGCAGCAACAAUCGAACGAUGGAUCGCCCAACUAACAAGCGAUCUCGAUUACGACGAACUACUCAACUUCUUCCUCACCUACCGAACAUACAUCUCUGCCGUCGACCUCUGCCAUCUCCUCAUCUGCCGUUUCCACUGGGCGCUGAGCGGUAAAGACGAUAUGAUACGGAAGAUUGUCCGCGUGCGGACGUUCGUUGCUAUCAGAUACUGGCUGUUGACGUUCUUCGUCAUGGACUUUUUGCCGAAUCAAGAGUUAAGGCUUUUGUUGGCAAGUUGGUUGAAUACGCUUGUGAAGGAUCCUAUUUUGAAGAAACAUCAGGAUGGUCUAAACAUCGUACGGAAACUCAUAAAAGUCGUCAAAGACUGCAAAGAAGCCCACACCCGCAGACACCGCUCUGGCUCCGUCUCCGCGCGCCAAAGCCUAAACAUCCCCACCAAACCCCGACCCACGCACGUCCUAGGCGAAAAAUUCGCAGAAGCCAUUUCCUCCAAACAGCAAGACGAUUCUGACGUAGACCUCGAUUUCGCACCCGACGAACCACCCGCACAACCUCAAUCUAUCUUCCACAGCGACAACAGCAACGCUUUUUCGUUCAACUCUGGCAGCGUGUCUUCUCCGCCUAGAGCUGCUGCAAUUCUACAACAGCCGUUGCAAAUAAACAUACUCCAACAAAGUCGAGCUUCUAUCUCUGCAGCUUCUUCCAACACAAACGAUACCACCCCUACGAACGGCUCCCCCCCUCCCAUUAUGUUCCCGCAGAGUGCGCUAUCUCGCGCGUUCGUGAAGACGAUCGGGCGUUUGGGAAGGUGGAAAAGAGUGUUAAACUCGAGACAGACUGUGGAUACGGGCCUUGCGGUUCCUGCGAAUGUGUCCGCAUUUGAUUUGGAGUUGAAUGCGACGGGGGAUUUAUUGAUGGUCAGGGGUGGUGUUGAGCAGUAUCUGAAGAUGAUUGAGCCGGCGGGGGGUGUGUGUAAGGUGGAGAAGGCAUUGGAUGGGGGUGCGUAUUCUGUGCUUGGGAGUCAGAGUCAGAGUGUGGUGGAGAGUGCGGUCAAGGGGCUUGAGGCGAAGCUGGAUCUACCGUCGACGCAGACACUUUUACGGGCUGUUACGGAAGUUGAGGAGGAGGAGGAACGGGAGAGUGCAGAGGUGGGUUCUUUGGGUGAUAAGCGCGUGUCAAUACAGGAAAAACGCCAAUCCACGCAGGAGAGACGCCAAUCCAUGCAGGAGAGACGUCUAUCGACGCAGGAGAAGCGUCAAUCCACUCAGGAGAGACGCCAAUCCAUGCAAGAGAAGCGCUUAUCCAUAUCGUCAGUCUCCCGCACGUCCACGCGCACGCACUCAACGGACUCCUUCGGCUCCAUCUUAUCCUCACGAUCACGAAUCAACCCGCUCGUAGCGCAAGUACAAGCCCAGCCACCAUGGCGAUUCGACGUUGUCUCCAUCGACGACCUCGAUCUUUCAGAUACCUCUUCCGAGGCGCACGCUGAGAACCCACCCGCACCACCAGGUCUGCGCAAGCCCCCGCGUCGACUACCGCUAAGACGGGACUUCGAGUUCAUACGCCGGUCGGUGGAAAGCGUUUCCUCGAUGGGGAUCCGCUCGCGGGACUCGGUAGCCUCGGGUGGAUCUGCUGUGUCGUCUGCGUCUGCUGGAGCUGCACUGGGGAAUGGUAUCCAGCAGUGGCAGAUGAAUGCGCUCGUGGAUUCGUUGAGCGACGAUGAGGACAAUGGAGGCGUUGAAGAAGCACUGAGGCGUCUUGAAGGCCAGAUCAAUCCUCAAAAACGGAAGGAAAAAGCGAAGAAGGUGGAUGGGUGGGUGCGCACUAUUCAGGAGCGGUUGGCUGUGGGUGAUUUUGGGGAUGAGCAGCCGAGGUUUUUUGGGUUGGAUAGUGAGGAUGAGGAGGAAGAGGAAGAUUAUGAGAUCGAUCAACAUGAGACUGGGGCAUUGAGUGUGGAUGAACAGACGCUUGUUGGCACUGCAUCGCAGGUGACGAAUUCGGGGGCUACGACGACGGAGGACUUUUUCCGCUCGGGAGGGUUGGAGUUGGCGCCCGGAACGUUUGAAUCCAUGUUUGGAGGAUCAGGACCAAGCUCGCCUCCUGUAAGGCUGAGCGAUUUGAAACCUGCGCCUGAAGAUGCUGUUCCAUUGGAGAUUUUGCAGAGCAGGGUACCAUCAAGACCGUCUACGUCCCAUGGCUCACCUACAGCGUCCCCCUUCAUAAUAUCCUCUCCAUCCAAAUUCAUAUCCCCUGGUCGAAAACAGCACCGGAGCUGGAUCCUGAACGUGAGCGCCGACACGAUCGUACAACAUUUUUCGAUGAUCGACCGAGAGCUUUUCUUGGGGGUGAAGCCUGAAGAAUUAAUCUUGGACGAUUGGAUGUCGUGUCAGGAGGUGAAUGUGUUGGACUGGGCACAGUAUCUCAAGGACCGGGCGCGUUGGAAAGCCGAGUCGCGGUGGAGCCAGAAGACGAGCGCAUUGGCUGCUGUUCGUGGGCGGUUUAACCUGCUUGCGAAUUUCGUGGUCGCCGAGAUCGUGAUGACGCAUCCGAACGACAGAGCGAUGUUAGUGAGCAAGUUUAUUCGUGUCGCCUUUAAAGCGUAUGUCCAGAGUAAUUUCAACACAUUGGCGGCUAUCAUCGCUGGUCUGCAAAACGAGUGGGCUGCGAAGGCUAUGCAUCGGCAUUGGGCGCGCGUGAGGUUGUGGGAGAAUGGGGUGUUUCAAAAGCUAAAGCAAUUCGUUUUGCCGCACGAUGAUUUCAAGGCUAUGCGCGACGCUAUCGCUUCCAUGGUAGACUCAAAGACCCUGAAUGUGACGACGCGGACGUCUACGGUCUUGAGUAACAGCAGUACAGACCUACCAUCGGGGAAAUCAAGAGGUGCCAACGAUACCAAGACGCCAUCAGCCUGCGUCCCAUUCAUCGGGGUCUAUCUUUCCCAACUAUACCGUUAUAGCAGACUCCCUGACCUAAUCGACCCAACCUCACCUCAUGACCCCGUCGGCAUCGACUCCCAAACCGUCAACUUCGAGUCCCCAGCCCACCCAGAAGUAUUCGAUUCGCUGACGCCUCUCCCGCCUUCGAUGCAGCUGGAGCCUUUGAUAAACGUGCAUAAGCAGCGGCUUAUUGCGGGCGUGAUCAAGGAUUUGGUGAGUGGGCAGCAUCUUGCGAGUCGGGUUCAGUACCCGGUCGAUAAGAAGUUGUUUGGGAAGUGUCUUAGGGUGAGGGGGCUUGACGGGGAGACGAUGCAGAUGGCGUAUGGUAUGUAUGCGGAGUCAGAGACGGGGGUGACGGUGCGUCCGACGGGGUAUCUCCCUUUGUAGGGGGUGUUAUGCGGGAUGUUGCUCUCUAUACUGGGAAUUGUUUAUCUUGUGGUUUUGUUCUUCGACAUUCUCUUAUUUGAUUUCAUGCGCAAUACGGAUAUAGAGGUUUUUUUUUCGAUAUUUGUUGUAUUGACAAGAAUAAUGUACACAAUACAUAGUUGGGAUUGAGGUCCCGCGGGGAG